GCAAAAACCCGCCGGAUCCCGUACUGCCACGCGGCUACAAGGCCGGUGGUGGUCAGUCGGGCAACGUCGGCGUAGUUGACACAUCCGCUGGCGAGGACAGCGGCGAGACCAGCAGCGGCCUUGACGACUCUACCGAUGAUCGGCCGUCACGCCGACAACGCUGCGACAUAGACCGUCCUCCGACGUAUGCGCCGCGGGUAGGGGUACGGCUGUGUGACGAUGAUCCCGUGGCGGUGGAGGUGCCGUACUGCAUGCGCGCGGAGACGGUACUGCCUAACCGAACGAUGAACGUUUCAGCGGACGGCGUGGAGCGCUUUACGGUCUGCUCGGAAUGCAUACAGGCCUUACAGGGUGGGCGGAUUCCAGAUGGGGCGCUGGCUCGGUUGGAUCCCGGUGACGUACCCCUGUAAAUCAGCAUGGUCAUUCGCUCGUACCGCUGACGCAUCUGGAGAGCUUGGUGGUGGGCCUCGCUCGCCCUCACAUGCGGCUACUCGUUGUGCGGCAGCCGGGUACGCCCAGCUGGCGCGCGGUGGAUACCUUGCCAGCGGCGUUGCGUGGGCAUACGCUCGCCUUUCCAAACGACGUGCCCAGCGAGCUGUACGCUCCAGAGGAUCUGCCGUCCUUCAUUCAGGUCGUGCUAAUUGAUGCUGUCAAAGAUCGUGCCGACCUUGAGGCCAAAGUGCGGCAGGCACCAUGCUUGGAGAUGCGGGGCCUGGCUAUCGCUGCAUGGGCGGAGUGGGCCGUUCACGUGAAUCCAAUGGCUCAGGUGGACCACGCUGCACUUCAGCAGUAUCGCGCUCUGGGUGCGAAGCCGACGGUGCCAGAGCCGUUAGUGGCGCACGCGGUGGCUACAGAUGACCCAGACACGGCAGCGGUCAUGCGCGCUGCAUUUGAAGGGGAUUGUGCCGGCAACGCUCAGGUGGUCGAUCGCCUGGUCCGGAUGCUGGUCAGGAGCCAGCGCCGUCUGGUCGUACGCCAAAUAUCCCGGUGACAGGUAAGGACCUGAUGUGCAUUGCUGCGCGUGGAGGGGGGGUGGGAGACAGCGUCUUUACCCAUACCGUGCUGUGCCGCCAUGCAAUCACACACCCAAGGUAACCCUUCCGAUGACGCCGGGCAACAUCCAGCGGGUGGCUGUUGUGCCUCUCUAAC